UAUAAAAAUUAGAGAUUGAUAUUUCUGAACAUGAAAUACAAAAUUUUAUAAGAUUAUUAUAUUAAUAUUUAAAAUUUAAAUUGUAAAAAAUGUAACAAAACUUCGAAUACAUAAUUUUACUACAAUAUUCUGUGUAAUUUUAUGAUGUCUUGGCAUCUUGUUUAAUCAAUAUAAAAUAUAUAAAAAGCUUAUAUCAUGCUAUUAACCAGAGGUACAAUAAAACAUAGUGUUUUUAGAAUUUUAUCGUAUGAUUUAGUAAAAAACAUUAUAAAUAAAUGUUUAAUACAAGAAAUCAACGUAAAAUGCCAGGCAAAUAUAGGUUAUCAUAUGCUACAUUUUAAAAAGAAUUUAAAUAUAAGUAAAAAUUUAAAAAUAUUAAGUUAUGAAUCAAUUGUUCAUAAUUGUGAUAAAAACUUGUUCAUAAUCUCAAAUAAUAAUUUAUCUACACAAGAAUUAACAUCUGUACAAUUUGAAAAAGUUUCUGAUGAGACACUUACUUCUUUAACUGAACAUUUUGAUGAAUUAGUAGAGCAAGCAAUACAUUUAUCAGAUGCAGACGUAUCAUAUGGAGAUGGUGUUUUAACUGUUAAAUUUGGUGAUUCUUAUGGUACAUAUGUUAUAAAUCGUCAAAGUCCAAAUAGACAAAUUUGGUUAUCAUCCCCAAAAUCUGGUCCAAAACGAUAUGAUUUUAUAGAUGGUAAAUGGAUUUAUAAAUAUGAUGGAAAAUCAUUACAUGAACUACUCGAUGACGAAAUACCAGCAAUUAUAGGAGAUCAAACAAAUUUUAAUAAAUGUUCUUUUAGUGGGAAAUAAAAAGAAAUUAUAGUGAAGUGUUUUUAAUUAUAUAUUAAUUAUUCAAAUUAUAAUUUUAACUAAAAUAACUAAAUUUAAAAAAAAAUUGAAAAUUUUUAAAUUUAUGUAUAUAAAUAAUAAUAGAUAAAACAUUGUAAUAUAUUUAUGUGAGUACCUAUCUUUAAGAUAUUAACACUAAUAACUUGCAUGCUGGAAUGGCACAUAUAUUUUAAUUAUUCUUUAUAUUAUUUUAUAUUAUUUAGUUUUUAUUAGUAUUUUACAUAUGUGAUAUUAAUAAUCAAGAAUACUUUAUUUUAAAAUUUACAUAUCGUAAAAACACAUAUUCAGAAUCAUAUUCAAUCAUAUAUAUUCAGAAUCAAUGUAGUUUAUUAUAUUAUCAUUAAAUAUGUUUUUUGU